UUUCUCCCUCUCUCUCUCUCUCCCCCCUCCCUUCCCUUCCCUUGUAUCAUCGAUUCAACAGUUUUUCUUCUUCUUCUUUUGGUUUGGGGUUCUGAUUGAUCUUCGAGCUGCUGCUCCGCUCCCCAACCCAAAAAAUUUCAGAUUUUCUUUCUCCUUAAGCCCUUAGCGCUUCUCUCUUCAGCGCAAACCCUUGUGCCUUGCAGAAGAAGUAGAUAUUAUCGUGAGAAAGCGAGUUGGAAGCUCUGGGGUGGUGAUUAUGAUGAUGCAGCAUAUAAGAAGGUCCGUGGGAUCCACCAAGAGCCGGUGGUCUGUUCUUCUCAGACCCCAGAAUGCGUUGUCUUCUCCCGCCCACCUAUCUGAUUCGGCCAGAGGAAGCACUCCCACCACCAAUUUGGUCCGAAGGUUACCAGUCCUAUUUAACUCUGCUUCUGUAAGAAAUGGUUUAGCUGGUGCAGGCCAAAUUUCUAAGGAAGUACUUGGAGCCGAAGUUCCUGCGUGGAAGUGUCCAAGUAGACUCUAUUCUUCAUCACUUCAACUUGCAGAACACAGUAUGGAAAGUAACAGGAGUUUUGUUUCUAUUCGAACGUUUGCAUCGAGAGCUUCGAAUAAAAAGGGCCAAACCGAGUCAGAGACUAGGAAGGAAAUAUCUAAAGUUGAAGAUCCCUUUGAUGCUCCCACCUAUAAUAUCCCUGAGAAACCAGUCACAUUCGUAGAGGGGGCUUCAUACAGCUUCAUCAUAGUCAUUGGUCUCGGAAUUGCUGCAGCUGCUGCAUAUGCUGUUUUCAAUGAGCUUGUAUUUCAACCAAAAGAGUAUAAAAUUUUCAACAAGGCUCUUAAGAGGAUUCAAGACGACGCUCAGGUUAGGGUGAGGAUUGGUUCGCCGAUCACAGGCUAUGGUCAAGAAAGCAGGAAUCGUGCUGCUCGCCAGAGAAUACCUCAUAGAAUUUGGACUGAUGAAGAUGGUGUAGAGAAUAUUGAGGUCAAUUUCUACAUUCGGGGACCUCAAGGAGCGGGGAAAGUUUUUUGCCGCAUGUUCAAGGACAAAGUGGAGAAGGACUGGAAGUUCACGAGUUUAAUAGUGCACAUUAUGUCCCCUUCCCCUGCGCAACUGUUGUUGGAGUCUUAUGUUCCGACGUGAAGAGAGAUUGUGUACAAGAGUUAGCCAGACGAGCAUUAGAUCCCUUUGUUCUCUGUUUUGUGUUUGAUUGAUCAUUGUGGAGCAUUUCCAUGAAAGCUAAGCUACUGUCUCAAAUUUGAGGUAAUUUUCAUAUUUCUGCUCCACUUGGUUUCAGAGGUAUCUUUUUCUUGAUAAAUCUCCGUAGGAGUUUUUUUUUUUUUUUUUUUUCCUUUCCUUGAGGUAAUUUUCAUUUUUGAUCUAAAAUGUAACGCCCGGAAUGUGCUGGAAAUACCCACCACUGAGGUGCAAAGACAGAUUCUUCAAAGAUGGGAUAUAUCUGUUUAAGUUCUGACAUUUUUGCUA